AUGUCUCAUGAGGAGAAUGGAUCCCAGCCACACUCCUCUAUUCCCAGACGCCGAGGAAACUGGGCUCAGCAUGCAAGUUACUUCUUCUUUGCCCUCUGUGCCCUCAUCUUGUGCUUCACUGAAUACAGUCCCCACCAUGUUGCCCAGUGUCUUAUAACCCAUUUUGUGGCCCUGCAAGUUGGAGUCCUCUCCAAGGGGAUCUGCACCUUCACAGAAGAGGUCCACCAUGUGUCAGCCAGGUAUCAUGGGAAAUAUCUCAGGGCCCUGAACGCUUGCCUGGAUUUCCGCAGGCACGGUCUCCUGCUGUUGUUAUGUUGGGCUGCCUACUCGUUGCUUCCCAAAGAAUCCGGGCUUCCAUCGUGCUUGAAUCUAAGCCUCAUGUGCCUCUGUCACCUUCUGGCUACCAUCUUUGGCCUUCAGAAUCCCUCAGCCGCUGAGCUUUCAGAAAUAUGCGAAAGAAACAACCUCAACGUAGCAUACGGACUCGCCUGGUCUUAUUAUAUCGGCUAUUUAAAAAUCAUUUUGCCUCACUUCAAAAAUUCAAUUACUGUUUUCAACGAAUGUAACAAUUUUUUGCUGAAAUGCAAGAAGACUUGGAAACUACACAUCCUGAUACCCCUGAACUGUGAGAUGUAUGAGAACCUUGGGAAGGCUGACAGUCGUAUUCAGUUCAUAAACAACCUCCCAGAAGUGACUAUGGAUCAAGCGGGCAUCAAGAGGAGAAGCUAUAAAAACAGUGUCUAUGGAGUCUUGGAUGAGAACCAAAAGAUGCACUGCUGUGUGGUAGAGUAUGCCACCCCUCUGCAGUCCCUCUAUGCCAUGUCUCAAGAUGACAGCGCUGCUUUCAGCCGGCAGACCCGUCUGGAACAAGCCAAGCUCUUCUGCAGGACACUGGAGGAAAUCCUAGAGAAAUCCAAAGAGUGCUCUGGCUGCUACCAGCUCAUUGUAUAUGAUGACUCUGGAGAAAAUGACAAACAUUUCUUAUCCAAGGAAAUCCUUCGGCACCUAGCACAGCAGGAUCAGGAGGAAUAUGCCAUGUGUGAAAAGGAGGAAGGGGGCAUUCACACACAGAGAUGUAUGCCUCUUGAAGAAACUGAACUUCUGAUUAGCGACUCGGACCAGCCUCUGUCUUUGCGUAGCGACAGCUGCUGAAAUAGGGGAGGCAUCUUAUGCCUUCACUGCCAGACUAGGCCUGGAGACAUCCUGGAAUUACAGUUUAUCUCCAGACUAAAGAGAUCAGCUCCCUCAGACAAAAUGGCUGCUUUGGAAUGUGGACUUUAUGAAAUUAUA